AUUCUCCGCUGCACCCUGACGUCAUUUCCAUGCGCUAAACUGAGUUGGCCACAAACGAUAGGUCGCUUCCGUGUCCUGGUGUCAUCAUGACCAAACUUCUGGAGUGGCUGUGCGGUGUGUCGGUGGUGCUGGCCGCCUGGGUGCUGGUGGCCUUCGACCCGCUGGACCUGAGCGUGCCUCGCACGUACCGGGAAGUGGCCUGGCCCAUGCCGCUCUACCUGCUGGUGUCGUUCGGCUGCUACUCCCUGGCCACGGUGGGCUACCGGGUGACCACCUUUAACGACUGCCAGGAGGCGGCCCAGGAGCUCCAGGCCCAGAUCAAGGAGGCCAAGGAGGACUUGAGGAAGAAAGGCUUGAAGAUUUAGGACUGUGGGACAACUAUUUGUAUAUUUACAUGGGGUAUACUUGCAAAAAUGUGGCUGGAGAAGUGGACAGCAUGAGACUGGCAACCAAUCAUGGCCCACACAGAUGUGUAAAUACUUCAGAUGCACAACAAUAUAUUUGAUUAUUACAGACUUUUUACAUUUGUAGUGUAUCAUACCUUAUAUUCAAACCACAAGUCGGAGCUGUUUUAAUGACUACAAUGAAGUUGUAGUCAUUAAAAAGUAAACGUACUAUAAAACGGUGUGCAAAAGUGCCAUUUGCACAUUCCUGUAGUCAAGUUUCUAAACUCAAUCACAUUUUGACACAGGUCUUUUUUUUUUGUUUUGUUAUCAAUUUCUUGGCAUGCUCCCUUAUGAAGGCACACGUCACCAACUGCGUGUGGUAUUAGUGGAUGUACUAUAUCUUUGACAGCACCCGAGAUUAGAAUUAAUUAAUUGCCGCGAGGCUUUGUGAUCGUGAUGUAAACAUGGCAAAAGAAAUGAAGGUAAAUGAAGAAAUCUGCGUAACAUUCAAAGCUAUAUAGCGGUGCCUAGCGUUAACGAGUGACCUGUCCAAUGAACAAAAAAAUGUGGCUAAAACUGUUAAUUCUUUACCUUCUAAGUAAGGAUGUCAUUAAUGUAUGUAUACAAUAUUAUAGAGUGCUAUUUUUUUUCCUACCUUCUUGCCGUCACUAUACGUCCCCUGCAUAGAUAGAUAAAGAUGAAUUAUUUGGAGUAAAUACAUGGUGAAACUGGAUAGUUUCUCACGGCGCAGUGGUUGGGAAUCACUGCUCUCGAAUGCUUAUAUCGUAAAAGAACACAUUGUAAACACUGUGCAUUCUUGCUUGUCAAGUGUCCAACCACACACGCGUUGUGUUGUGCGUUGUGUGUGUGUGUGUGUGUGUGU